AUGGAUUUUCAAAUGAAUGGGUCUGCUCCUAUUCCUAUUAAUGAUGAUUUGCUUACUAACUGUCCUCCUGUUGAGGUUCCCCCUCUUGAAGUUCCAUUUCACCUAGCAGAUGAUAAUGGCGCGCGUUUAAUGAUUUCCCAUGUUGUCUGUGAAAACUUCAAAUCAUACGGUGGUCGCCGUGUACUUGGUCCUUUUCAUAAAAAUUUUACUUGUGUAAUCGGACCUAAUGGAAGUGGCAAAAGUAAUGUUAUCGAUGCCCUUUUAUUUGUCUUUGGUUUUCGUGCCUCCAAAGUACGUUCAAAGAAACUCAGCAGUCUAAUUCAUAAUAGCGAUAAGCUACCCAAUUUCAAUUACUGCCAAGUGGCUGUUCAUUUUCAGCGCAUUAUUGAUACUGGCAGCGGAGCAACAGACUAUGAUCUUGUUCCAGGCAGUGAAUUCAUUGUCUCUCGAAAGGCUUUUCAGGACAGCUCAAACUCCUAUUACGUAAAUGAUUGCAAAGCUAGUUUCAAAGAGGUCACUACACUCCUUCGUAAACAUGGGAUUGAUUUAGACCAUAAUCGUUUUCUAAUUCUUCAAGGCGAGGUCGAACAGAUUUCUCUCAUGAAGCCAAAAGCUGCAACUGACGAUAGUACUCGCAACCGUGUUCUAACCGCCAUGACUAGUGCUAUGCAGGAGGGAAAGUUAAAGGGCAUUCUCGGUCGCUUGGGAGAUUUGGGGGUUAUUCCACAGAAGUUUGACAUUGCUAUAUCAACUUCCUGCGGAGCACUUGAUCAUAUUGUUGUGGAAACUAUGGAACUUGCUCAAAGGGCAGUGGAGUAUUUGAAAAAGUACAAUCUUGGACAGGCUUCAUUCAUUGCUUUGGAUAAGAUGCAACGCUGGGAGGCGGAAGCCUCCAAACCCUUUGUGGGUCCAGUUCCAUCAGCUAAACGUCUGUUUGACCUCGUGGACACUUCGGCAAAUCCUUUCGUCAGACCGUGUUUCUUCUUCGCUCUGCGAAAUACUCUCAUCGCAGACAAUUUGGAUAUUGCUGUGGACUGGGCCUUCAAACACAAGCAGCGUUUUCGUGUUGUCACUUUACAGGGUCAACUCAUUGAAACAUCCGGUGCCAUGUCGGGAGGUGGCAGUGGACGACCAAUUUCUGGACGAAUGAAUACUGACUCAUCGAAGACUAAGCGUCGCAGUCAAGGAGCGCCUGUUCACACUGAAGCCUCCAUUGCUGCCAAAGAGAAGGAGCUAUCCGCCUGCGAAGCUCGUCUCUUCGAAGCUAGGCGAAAACGCGAACAAUUGGAAGAUGCUGUGAGCCAACUCACACAACGCAUGCAAGAAGCUGAACGUAAUGAAAUGGAGCGCCUGCGUGAAGAGGCCAAAGUUCUGGCUGAAGAAGCCAAGCAAGCCGAGUCUCGCGCAGCACGGUCGGGCCCCUCGAUGGAAGAGCGUGAGCGAAUGCAGGCCACAGUGGCGGACUUGGAAAAGCAGCAUACUACCAAGUCCGCGAAAGCUACCGAGUUGCAGGCCAAGGUUGAUGAGAUCAAGGCUGCCCUCUUGGAAGCUGGCUCGGCUCGUUUGGCUAAUGUUAGAUCUCGUGUCCAGUUAGUUGAGUCAAAGAUCAAAGAGACAAACGACCUGUUCACAAAACUUGAAGUGGACAUCAAGUCAGCCCAACGCAAUCAGACUAAGUGUGAGGCCAAAAUCAAGGCCUACGAAGAAGAUGUGGAGAAUCUUAAGGCUAAACUUACCGCAAUUGAGGAACGAAUGAGUGAGAUUGAGAAGACUGCCAAGGUUUGCAUGGAGGAGUUCCAGGAUCUCCAUAAAAAGAUCAAAGAUUUAAAUGAGAAGUUAUCAGUAAUCGGAGAGGAGAUAGAGAAGGCAGAGAGUACAUUGGCUGCUAGACGCAAGGAAGAAGGUGUAGUUCAACGCAAAGCUGACGAACUCAAAACCCAAGCCGCGGAGGCUGCAUCACGAGCUAAGGCAUGGCAAAUGAAGCUUCGUUCUCUGCGUCUUCAUCCAAUUGAAGAUGACGAUGAGGAGACGGAGCAAGCAUCAACUGCAAAUUCCAGUCAACAGCCGAUGGAUGUCGAUAGCACAGUAAGCACUGAGACUUUUCUCGAUGGUGACGGAAAGAACUUGAAACUCCCGGUUUAUACGGAGGUGGAAAUUGCUGUUUAUAUUCCUUGGUGUUCCUCUCAGUACACCUCGUCUUCUACUGUAGAAAUGAAGGUAAACGAAGCCGAAGUGAAGAAGUUGGAAGAGCAGACAGCUGCAAUGGCGCCUAACAUGUCGGCAAUCGAGCAAUAUCGGAAGAAGGUUGAUCUCUUCUUGAAGCGUGUGGCGGAGUUGGAUCAUGUGAGCGAGUUGCGUGCAGAGCAAGUGAAGCAGGAGGCAGAAUUCAAGGCCAAGCGACUCAGUGAGUUCAUGGCAGGAUUCAAUACUAUCACAAUGCGCCUUAAAGAGAUGUACCAAAUGCUUACGCAAGGUGGCGAUGCAGAGUUAGAGUUGAUCGAUUCCCUGGAUCCCUUCUCUGAAGGCAUAAUCUUCAGCGUUCGUCCACCAAAGAAGACCUGGAAGAGCAUUGCCAAUCUCUCCGGUGGUGAAAAAACUCUCUCUUCCCUGGCUCUCGUUUUCGCUCUCCAUCACUUCAAGCCCACUCCACUCUAUGUCAUGGAUGAGAUUGACGCCGCAUUGGACUUCAAGAAUGUCUCCAUUGUGGGAAAUUAUAUUGUGGAACGCACAAAGAAUGCCCAGUUUAUUAUUAUCUCCCUGCGAAAUAAUAUGUUUGAGUUAGCGGAUCGAUUGGUGGGCAUCUAUAAGACGCACAAUAUCACCAAGUCCGUUGCGUUGGAUUGUGCUUCUCUGUCGAAGAAGCUGGAAGCGGCAAUUGCUGCGAGGUUAGGAACAAAGCCACAGGCAGUUGGUGUUGUAGUCUCGGGAUCAGAGAACGCAGUUGUUCAACGUGAGUUAUUUCAGUUUUAA